GGCUUUCAUGCGUUCUCCACGUUUUCUGGUCUAGGGGCAACACUGAAGUCCCGAACAGAACCUCGCAUACUGCUUCUAUAUCAUCUUACACUGUCGCCCACUUUGAAUCCAUUCUCAUCGUGAUUAACAUCUUGACUAUCUCCUGAGUUGCUCUCCAUCUUGCUACUAUCUUCUCCAUACUCCCCCACCCCUCCUCACACAUCACAAUACCGCAAAGAUGGUGAAGCAAACAGCGCCAGUAUACGUUCUCGGAGUGGGGAUGACCAAGUUCAUCAAGCCCCGAGGGAAGGUCGACUACCCAGAGUUGGGAUUCGAGGCUGGUGUAAAGGCCAUGUUGGACGCGCACAUCAACUACGACGACGUUGACCAAGGUGUCGCAUGCUUUUGCUAUGGCGACAGCACAUCCGGCCAGCGGGUGUUCUACCAGUUCGGCAUGACUGGUAUUCCUAUCUACAAUGUUAACAACAACUGCUCCACUGGUUCAACCGGUCUUUACAUGGGAAAGAACAUGAUUGCACACGGUGCCGCAGACUGCGUGCUCGUCGUUGGAUUCGAGAAGAUGUUCCCGGGGAGCUUGCAGACUUUCUUCCAGGACCGAGCAAACCCAACGGGCACCAGCAACCUGAUCAUGAAGGAGACAAGAGGCGUGACAAAGGCACCCGGAGCUGCCCAGCUGUUCGGCAAUGCGGGUAGGGAGCACAUGGAGAAGUACGGCUCUACCCUUGAAGACUUCGCUGAGAUUGCCCGCAUCAACCACGAGCACUCGAAGAGGAAUCCAUACUCGCAGUUCCAGGACGAAUACACCCUCGACCAGAUCUUGAAGUCAAACAUGAUCCACGAGCCACUCACCAAGCUGCAAUGCUGUCCCACGUCAGACGGCAGUGCCGCCGCUGUGCUAGUUUCCCAGGAGUUCCUCGACGCCCGCCCGGAGCUGAAGGACCAGGCUAUUCUCAUCGCUGGCCAGUGCAUGGCCACCGAUACCCCUGACCUCUUCAACCGUAGCGCAAUCGAACUGAUUGGUUACUCGAUGUCUGAACUGGCGGCCAAGACUGCCCUGGCUCAAGCUAAGACCUCUCCCGAUGAGAUCAAGGUCUGCGAACUACACGACUGUUUCUCAUCCAACGAGAUGGUUACCAUCGAGGCACUAGGCCUCACGCCCAAGGGCAAGGCCCACGAGCUCAUCCGUAAGGGAGGCAUCACAUACGGCCCCAAUAACAAGGUGGUCAUCAACCCAUCUGGUGGCCUGAUCAGCAAGGGACAUCCUCUAGGAGCAACUGGUUUGGCACAAUGCGCGGAAUUGGUCUGGCACAUGCGAGGUUGGGCCAACAACCGAAGCAUCAAGGGCACCAAGGCUGCUCUCCAACACAACCUGGGGUUGGGUGGUGCCGUCGUGGUUACCGUUUACAAGCGCGCGGAUGGUAGCGAAGCUACGGAUGUCUCUGAUGCAGACAUUGCUAAGAAGACUGGUCUUGGAUACAACCCCGCUGUUGUGGCGAAAGGAUUCACUCACGAGCAGGUCAACGCAGUCCGGUCGAAGAAGGCGAGGAGCGAGUGGGCGCUGCAGGAUACCGAGACAAAGGUCGAGUCGAGGUUUUGAGUAGCUGAGGAGCUGGCAUAUUGGGCGUUCGGGGCAAUGAGAUUGAUGUGAAGCUGUACUUAGUAUUAUUCUUACGUCCGCCGGAUGCAAUUGGCAAAAUUUUAUGUAUUGCUUCUUUGGAAAUGUAAUCUUGAAAAAUGCAAUAGACAAACUUAUAACCUGC